UCCCUCCAUGCUCCGUCCGCUCAGCGUGGCGCUCUGUAAUCAGUAUCACAAUCAGAUCAGUGGUCUGGUGGUAUUCUUCCUGACCGCUUCUAUUAGCGCACCUAACUAUCGUGUAUAGUCCCAAAACUCCGCGCUCCUCUCUCGCAACCCUACUCUCGCCUGAUGUUCACAUUGACGGUUACACGAAUCACGCGUUAGUGGAUCACGCUUGAAAACUUGUGUUGAAACGUCCGUUCGGGCGUUUUUAGUGAUUUUGUGAGGUUUUAGAUUGUGCCUAUUUCUCCACCGAUUACCAGGUGAGGAUGGAGCCGAUCUCGGUGGAGCCGCUGGACGACGAAUUAUCCGCGCGGAUCCGGGGCGGAUGUCGGCCGGGGUUGAUGCCGGCGGCGGGCAUCAAGGUUCAACCCUCCGGCUGCUGCCUCCCCAACGAGUACCAGCUCUACGCCGAGCGACUCCGCACCUUCCACGUCCGACACGACGAUAUCUGGUGCAUCUCCUACCCAAAAUGCGGAACCACCUGGACUCAAGAAAUGGUUUGGUUGCUUGAAAACAAUCUAGAUUUCGAAACGGCCAAAGACAAAUUACUUUUGGAGAGAGUGCCAUUUUUCGAAGCAGUAAGUUUAGUGACACAGGACUUUCUGGUAAAAGAUGAGAACGAGAAAGACAUAUUCGGAGACACAAUCGCCUUCACACAUGAGCAGCCAUCACCUCGUGUAAUCAAGACCCACCUUCCCGCCAGACUUCUUCCUCUCGAAAUCUGGACGAGAAAACCUAAGCUCAUCUAUGUCACACGAGACCCUAAAGACGUAGCCAUUUCCUAUUAUCACCACCAUCGCCUGUGGAACGGUUACUCCGGCUCAUACGAGGACUUCAUCGAAGGAUUCCUACAAGACAAAUUGGUCUACAGCCCGUUCUGGGAGCAUAUUGCCGGUUAUGUAAAAUUAUCUCAUCUGCCUAAUGUAUUAAUUAACUCCUAUGAAGAUAUGACAAACGACUUGGCUGGGGUGAUCCGGCGAACAGCAGCAUUCCUGGGGAGAGAGUACACGGAAAGUGAGGUAGCGAGGCUGGCUGAGCACCUCAAGUUCCCCUCGAUGAAGAAAAACGCAGCCGUGAACGGCGAGGACUUCAUCGUGGACCUGAAGGAGAAGCACGGCAUGUGCAAGGAGGACCCGGACCUCUCCUUCGUCCGGAAGGGCAAGUCCGGCGGCUUCCGGGAGGCCAUGCCCCAGCACCUCAUCGACCGCUUCGACGAAUGGAGUCGCACCAAGAAAAUCGAACUCGGCAUACAGGAUCUCAACCUCUCCCAGCUCACCUGAUCAUGAAGCUCCCGAGAUGGUUUCCUGCCUGCUCACGAAAAACCGAGGAAAGAAAAAAACUGACAAAACGUGCCUAAAUUAAAAUGUGCCGAAAUACUUGUUGAUUUAACUUAGGCAUCAUAAUUAUAUUAUACUAUUUGUUUGUUUUGUGUAGUUGUGUUACCGUUACCCUUUGAGCCCUUUGGAUGAUGUCACUUUAUCAACCAUAUCAAAAAGAAACAAAAAAAAAGGACUCUCUGAAGGGCGAACAUCUCUCAUGAUGACCUUAUGGGUACCUAUUCCAAUAAAACCCUUUUUCAGUAA